CCAAGCCCCAUCUCUGAAAUCCUGGCCGACGAUUUUGAGCUGUACAGAUGCACAAAGUUCUAUCGCGACAGACUAGAGCAGGCCAUUGAAGGAGGAGUGAGGGACAUCAGCCUGGCUUUAAACCGUGGGAAGUGUCUCGGCAACAAAGAGCACCAGAGGGUGAGCGAGCUGGCGGAGAGCGGGGAGCGGGCGCCGAGCUGCUUCUGGACCUGGUGUUGGAGAAGGGCUGUGAGGCGCGGCGAGUGCUGUGGCAGUCCCUCUCGGAGGCGUGCCACGGCAUGCCGAAGCUGGAGCGCGUCCUGAAGGACGUGGAGAAACACGGUCCUGAUCCGUCUGAUUACAUGGACAUCACGGAAGGUUUACUGGAUGUCCCCAGUCAGCUCGCCGGUGUUCAAGAGAAGCACAGGGAAAAGCUCCGAGCCCAAACGGAAAGGCUGUGUGUGAACACUAUCCUGAUAAAGGAGAAGACUAAGGUCUUCCAGCUGGUCGACCAUUACACUCGGCUCACGGUCAUCUCUCCCGGUCGGGACCUUGCGAACGUCGAGCAUGAGCUGCUCGCUCGAGGUCAAGACCACGAGAAACGCAGAGAGAGGCAGCUGCGAAGAAAGCUGGAACAAAUCCGACCGUCUCAGUUGUUCCGGAGCAGCUUUUCCCGGAGAAGCUCCAAGUGUGGGAGCUCAGCAGCAGUGAGCGGUGCCCCAGGCAUGGGGAAAACAACCCUGGUGCAGAAGAUUGUUCAUGACUGGACCAUGGGGAAAAUAUUCCCUCACUUUCAAUUUGUCUUCAGUUUUAAAUUUCGGGAGUUGAACGCAAUUAACGGCAGAAUAAACUUGCGGAACCUGGUCCUUAUUUUCUAUCCUUACUUUGGGAACGUUCUGGGGGAGCUCUGGAAGAACCCAGAGGGCUUGCUGUUCAUAUUCGAUGGCUUGGAUGAAUUCAAGGACAGUAUUGAUUUCGCCGACAGUUGGAGAAACACAGAGCCUCAGUCUGUGUGCACAGAUCCUGAAUUCCGGUGUAGAGUGUCUGACAUUGUGUACGGUUUAAUACAGCGCAAGCUGCUCCCAGGAUGUUCGAUGCUAGUUACCAGCCGGCCCGCAGCCUUACGCUUAAUGGAAAAGGCUGAGAUCAAUCUCUGGACUGAAAUCCUGGGAUUGGUUGGUGAUGAACGGAAGGAAUAUUUCAACAAGUUUUUUGAAGAUCAGGCAGUGGCAGCAGCUGUUUUCAAGCACGCGGAGGAGAACGAGAUCCUGUACACCAUGUGCUACAACCCUUCCUACUGCUGGAUCCUCGGUCUGUCACUGGGCCCCUUCUUUACGCAAAGAGACAGGAAACACCAGCAAGUUCCCAAGACCGUCACCCAACUAUAUUCCUACUACAUUUACAACAUCCUGAAAAACCACAGCCGAGAGAUUAAGAGCCCCCAUGAUGUGUUACUGAGGCUUGGUGAGAUGGCCUUCGCAGGAGUCUCCCAGAAGAAGGUUGUGUUUAGGAACGAAGAUUUGAUCCAGUGGGAUCUGCAGCCUUCCCAGUUCCUGUCUGGGUUCCUGACGGAACUCUUGGAGAGAGAUGACUCCGCCCAGAGCGUGGUGUACACAUUCCCGCACCUCACCGUCCAAGAAUUCAUAGCCGCGCUCGCGCAAUUCCUGACUCCGGAUCCCGGGGAUAUCAGGAAGCUCCUCAGUGAAGCCCGGGGCAAGGAAGACGGGCGAUUUGAGAUCUUUCUCCGCUUCGUUGCUGGUCUCUCCUCCCCACAGGCAGCUCGGCCCCUGGAGGAGCUUCUGGGCCCGUUUCCUCACCAAACAACCUGCCGGGUGAUCGACUGGCUGAAGGAGAAGGUGACAGGGCAGAUGGGGACUGGAAAGGCCGGGACCGUUCCGGGGGAGGGGGUCCUCCUGAACACGAUGCACUACCUGUUUGAGUCUCAGAAUAAAGCGCUGGCUCGGGGCUCGAUGGAGGCCCUUCAGCUUGGCGGACUGCGACUUACCCCGAUCGAUUGCGUAGUCCUGUCCCACGUCCUCGGAAUGUGCGACGCUGUGAAGGAGCUGGAUCUGGAGGGGUGCUACGUUGAGCAAGAGGGACUGAAGAGGUUGCUGCCUGCGCUGCGCAGAUGUCAGGAGUUGGGACUGGAGAGAAAUAAACUGCGAGACCCUGGAGCGAAACUACUGUCCACGUUCCUGAGGAGCCCGGACUGUGAACUACAGAGACUGCAGUUGGCCGAGAACGGACUAACGGAGCGCGGUGCUGCUGAUCUCGCCGCCUCUCUCCUCGCCAGCCGCUCGCUGGCAGGUCUGGACCUGGGGAGGAAUAAACUGGGAGAUUCCGGAGUGAAAUUCCUGUGCGAGGCCCUGAGGAACCCAGACUGCGCAAUGGAGCAAGUGAAGCUGUACGGAGUUAGCCUCACGCCUUGCUGUGCCCAGGACCUCGCCUCUGUCCUCCGUACCAACCGGUCACUGCAGGAGCUGGACCUGAGCAAUAACAAGCUGGGGGAUUCGGGAGCGAGGCUGCUGUCUGAGGCUCUGAGAAACACGGACAGCGCGAUACAGAAGCUACGGCUGGACGAUAACGGCCUCACAGAUUCCUGUACCGAGGAUCUCUCCUGCGCUCUCGGCACGAGCCGCUCAUUGACGAUUCUGUCCCUGCGCUCUAACGGCUUCACAGACAAUUCCUACGAAGCUUUCUUCAACCUCAUCCAGUGCUGCCAGAGCCUGGAGAUGAUCGGACUGAGAGAGAAUCAGUUCACUGCCAACGUGAGGAAACUCCUGAGAUCCGUGCAGAAACCGCACUUGCAAGUGAUUGUGUGAUUUUAGUUAUGCCAAGAUUGCAGCUCGAAUCUCGGGACGUGAAUAACCAGCGGGAAGUAUCAACAGGAACCGAGUUUUGUUGGAGGCAAGACCUCGAACAUGGAAUCGUAGAAUCCGGCAGGGCAAAAGGUGGCCAUGCAGCACAUUGUACCUGUGCUAGCCCUUUGAGAAACGUGUCCCCUUUCGUUCUCCGCACCACCCCCCACCCCCCAGCGUUCUCUUCCAGAGCCCCUGCAACUCUCUCCUCUUCCCAUCUUGAAAAUCUGCGCCUAUCGCUCUUUCAGGAUGUGUGUUCCAGAUAUCGAUGACUCGCUCUAUGCAUGUGUUUGUGUGUGUGUGUGUGUGUGUGUGUGUGUGUGUGUGUGUGUGUGUGUGUGUGUGGAGAAAUGUCUCCCCAUUUGCCCUCCAGUUCUUAACGCAAGUUAUUUGAAAUGAAUUAGCCCACGUGGCACCGGAAACAGUUUCUCCUCCCUUACCUUAUCGCAACCCUUCCUGACGUGUGAGCGCCUCCUGUUAAAUCUCCCCCUUGACCUUCCCUGCUCUAAGGGGAGUCAAGCCCGGCUUCUCCAGUCCCUCCACGAUAAAUAAACUCCCCCGCCCCUGGCAGCAUUCCGGUAAACCCCCCUCGUGUCCUGCUAUGGAGUGGUGGCGGCCAGAAAUACGAACCAGAUAUCAGAGCGGCAGCAGGAGGCCAUUCGUUCCCUCGAGGCUGCUGUGCUGUUCUGUACGAUGGUGGCUGAUAAUCGGCAUCAGUUCCACUUUCCCGCUUGUUCCUUAAUCCCUUGAUUCCCUGGGACACCACAAACCUCUCUCUUGGCCUUGAAUGUGUUCAGCGAUGUAGCAUCCCCCAGCUCUCUGGGGGCACAGAAACCCGUAACCCUCUAGCGUGAAGCAGUUUUUCCUCCGUCUCUGUCCUAAACGAUCGGCCCCCCGCUAUCCUGAAACAGAACCUGUGUUCUCGACUCUCCAGCCAGCGGGGAAAGGGCUCCUUGGGCUCUGAGCUCCUCUCAGAGAUUCAUACGUCCCAGUGAGAUCGCCUCUCAUUCUUCUAAACUCCAGGGAAUAUAACCCCAGCCCACCCGAUCUCUCCUUAAAGGGGCGGUCCCUUCGUCCGAGGAAGCAGUCUAGUCAAUUGUACUUAAUCCUCCAUUUAUGAAUAUCAGUAUAAAGGCAGACAUUAUAUAAAUAUUCUCUUUUAUCUAGAAAGGAGAACGCUUAAGGAUUGCCUGAUAGAGGUCUUUAAGAUUACACAGGAUAGACAUUGAGCUGGUUCCACUUGCAUAGGGAGACCAGUAGGGAUCAAAUGUGACACUAUCUCUGUACCAGCAUUCUCAUGAUGAAAAAGCAUUAAAUUAUUUAUUCCUCA